AAUGCAGGUAGGGAGUGGAAAUUAAUUUAAAUAGCUUAAAUAAACCAAAGAUAACGAGUUAGUAAAAUGUUGCCUGGCACAGCUGAGAGUGUCAUUACUGAAUAGAAUAAAAUUAUGUCUGUAAGCGUGGAACAUGGAUUACCAAAUUCACAGGAGUAAGCUUAUUUUUGAAUGGAUAGUCACCUUUAUUAAUCCCGAAUUUAAUAUAGUGAUUUACUGCGGCCUCAGUACUUGUUGAUCAUGAAUGUGAUAGGUAAAUAGCACGUUGUUUAACUUGGAGACAUUUUAUCAGCAGCUUUGCCUAAAUCAGACGUGAGAUUCGUCUGAACUGUUACAUUUUUCCGUGCAACAGUAUGUCGGAAUACAUAGUUAGUGUCGUGUAUUUAGCCCUUUUAGGGCUGAAUUUGUGUUCAGGUGCUCUCCUAAAUGUAACCCUAGACACAAGGAUAGUAGGAGGUGAAGCUGUAGACAUAAAAAGCCAUCCAUAUCAAGUUUCCUUACAAUACAGCAAUCAGCAUUUUUGCGGAGGAGCUCUGGUUACCAGAAACACGGUCUUAACAGCCGCUCAUUGCUUUGGAACAAGUUAUGCUUCUAUGACCUCAAGCUAUGUGGUAAAGUUUGGUAGCAAUACAACCUAUGGGACAGGAAUUCAAAUAGAUUCAGUUUUGGUGCAUCCUAGUUAUUCCAGUGAACUUUUGGACAGCGACAUUGCUUUGAUAAGGUUGAAAUCAAAUGUUACAAUAUCUAAUUCAGUAGCCUUAAUCAGAAUAUCGGAGUUAUCCAGUUAUUCACCUGGUAGUUACGCAUCGGUUACUGGCUGGGGAUACGAACGUGAAAAUGGAACCAUUUCAGAUGUGCUGCGUGGUGCCAACGUACCGCUGACCUCUGAAUCAGAAUGCCAAAAAUCCUAUGCCAAUGUCAUCAAUAUAACUAAAAAUAUGAUUUGUGCUGGAUAUUCGAAAGGAGGAAAAGACGCCUGUCAGGGUGAUAGUGGAGGUCCACUAGUUCAAAAGAACAAACUAAUUGGAGUGGUUAGUUUUGGAGCUGGUUGCGCCAGAGCCGGCUUUCCGGGAGUAUAUACCAAUGUGGGUCAAUUUAUGGAUUGGGUUGUUGAUAAUUCAAACUAUAACCGAAAUAAUAGUGCAGAUACCGCAUACGUUGGAGCUGCUCAGACCAAUUGCGCAAGCUUUCUUCUUGGUAUAUUGACUGUGAUGUACUGUAUAUUAUUUGCUUAAUAAACUGAUCAUUUUUA